AUGUUACUCAAAAACUCCGCCCUGUUGUCGGGCGCAUUCUUGGCUUCGUCUGCGAUUGCCCAGUUCCCGCCGAAGCCUGAGGAUGUUAAGACUGUAAAGUCAAAAUUCCAUCAGGGUAUCGAGAUCUCGUACAAGGAGGUUGAUCCUUCCGUUUGCGAGACGACCGAAGGUGUUCGCAGCUUCUCCGGAUAUGUCCAUCUGCCACCUCAUAGCAUUAACGAGACUCAUGAGAGUCAGGACUAUCCCGUCAAUACCUUCUUCUGGUUCUUCGAGUCUCGCAAGGACCCACACAAGGCUCCAUUGUCAAUCUGGCUCAAUGGUGGACCCGGAGGAAGCUCCAUGAUGGGGGCUCUCUCCGAGAACGGUCCUUGUUUUGUCAACGACGAUAGCAACUCCACACGUCUGAACCCUUGGUCAUGGAACAACGAGGUCAACAUCUUGUACAUUGACCAGCCAGUUCAAGUCGGGUACUCUUACGACAUCCCAACCAACAUCACUGUCAACUUGCUUGCCGAUAAUGAGGGUUCCGAUUCCAUCGAGGUUGCUGACUUCAGCUCCGGUGUUCCUGACCAGAAUGCUACUUUCCUGAUCGGCACUGCUAGCACUCAAAACGUUUCUCACACUGUCAACAGUACGCAGCACGCGGCUGUCGCUUUCUGGCACUUUGCUCAGACUUGGUUCGAGGAGUUUCCCCAGUACAAGCCUCACGAUGAGAAGAUUUCUCUCUUCACAGAGUCGUACGGCGGCAGAUACGGUCCUACCUUUGUCAAGAAGUUCAUGAAUCAGAACGAGCUGAUUGCCAACGGAUCUAUUUCGGGGCCUGGUACACACUAUUUGCACCUCGACACUUUGGGCAUAAUCAACGGCUGCAUCAAUUCUGAAGAUACCACUUCUGCAUACGUUGAAUUUCCCGUCGCCAAUACCUACGGUAUUCAAGGCUUCACCGAGGAGCAGUACUUGCACGCAAAGUACGAAUUUGUUCGUAAAGGAGGUCUACGCGAUCAAAUCCGAGAAUGUCGCCGGAUGCAACUCGAGACCGACCCUAACGAUUACGGUGAUGUCAAGAAGACCAAUGACUACUGCGCGGAAGCAGCUGAGAAGCAGGAGAAACACACCGUUGCCUUGUACAUGGAGAGCAAGAAGUUCGGUUGGUUCGAUGUGACCCAUCCGCAGAACGACCCUUUCCCAAGCCAAUACCUCGUGGGUUAUCUGAACCAACACUGGGUCCAAGAAGCGCUGGGUGUGCCUGUGAACUUCACUGCGGUCUCACCCACAGUCUACGAAGCUUUCAAAGGUACUGGUGAUAUCUCCAAGGGUGGCUUGAUCGAGGACAUCGCUUACAUUCUCGACAACGGCGUCAAAGUAGCUAUGAUGUACGGCGACCGAGACUAUGCCUGCAACUGGAUCGGUGGUGAAGCUUCAUCCCAAAAGAUUCCAUGGGAGUCACAAGAAGCGUUCUCAAAGGCCGGCUAUACUCCUCUUGUGCUCUCUCCUGUGCACUCUGGCGGUCUUGUUAGACAAUACGGCAACUUGAGUUUCACCAGAGUGUACCAGGCUGGCCAUCUGGUGCCUAGCUACCAACCUCAAGCUGCAUAUGAAAUUUUCAUGCGCAGUUUGUUCAACAAGGAUGUUGCUACUGGCGAGACUGCGGUGUCGGAUCAGUACAAGACUAACGGUACUGAAGAUGCAUGGACACCCAGUGAUGUCCUGCCUGCUCCCAAGAACGAGUGCUACACUCUAAACCCUGACUCUUGCACUGAAGAGGAGCAGGCUUGGCUCAAGGAUGGCACUGCCAUCAUCAAGAACUGGAUUCUUGUUGGUCGUGAGAAGGGUGGUAAGAGAGGAAGUCAGCAGCAGGUCUUGCUCGCGGAGGGCAUGUACGAGCUUUAG